CAGGUAGGAGUGGUACAAGAAAUCGGAUGGCUAAACUGACAAUGCCCGUCUUCACCGCCGUCUUCUUGAUGGCCCUGUUGAUCACUGCAUCAUCUUCAGCGCAUCCAGGAGAAGUUUCAACGACAGAACGUGAUAGGGAUGCCUCCAAAGUGACAAAGGGUCACACUUCUCUUUACCAUCUUCGGAUGCAGAGUAACAGCAGGAUGAGGAUUCUGACGGAUUUUCUGGACUACGACUAUGGAGGAGCCAACUCCAGACACGAUCCACGCAGGAGGCCCGGGAACGGAGGACACUAGGCACUAGCUAAUAGCUCGCUCUCCCAACCAUUCGACAGAGUCCGGUGUUUUGGACUAGUGUCAUGUGUGUGCGUGUUCACUAUUCAGGGCAUUUUGUUAUCUGAGACAGUUAGAUUGUCGAUCUGGUAUUACAAAUCAGGAGUAUUUGAGGUAAAAGAAUACUCGUAACAGAUAAAAAGAGAGUGGUGCAUUACAAAAUCAGGAGUAUCUAUUAUUUUUA